UUAAUGUAAUCACAGGCUGAAAAUGCGCUGAUAAAAUUAAAUGCCCGCUGUUGUGUUCAAGGGGAUCUAGAGGAUAUAGACAGACUACUUGGGAUGCUAAGGACCGUUUUCCCAAGGACUUCAAUGCAGAGCAGAGAGUUUGAAACUGGCUCUGAUAUUUCCACCGAAAUGGGAGACAUAGUUGAGGAUGAGAUGGAAGUUGGCUCCAUGGAAGAGUUUUUUGAGGUAGAAGAGAUCUUUAGCAAUUCUGAAUGGCAUGAUGGACAGAGGGAUCUUGCUACUAUGGAUAAGUUGAUCAACAAAACAAGCUCCAAAAAUUUUUCGUCGCCACCUCCACCUCACAACCAUUCUCGCCGCAUGCCAAAUCACAUAUAUCUUCCACAAGUAAGAUUGCUCCUACCCCCCUUCCUCAGCUUACAAACUCUCAAAAGUCAUCAUCUAUGUUUUCUAGGUCUCCGCAAAUACCUGAAAUAUUACAAGAUCCUCCUACCCCAGAACCGGACCCUCAGAUGAUGUGUAAUUCUAUUGCUCCUAUGGCAGCUUUAUCAUUACAAUUGUCUGAUCAACUUCAAUCGAUGAAGUUGGAUCCUCUACUGCAAUCUUCAUCUUUAAAUUCAUUACCUUUGAAUUUAAAUCUACCUUCAGUAGGCCCAUCGUUCUCAUCGCAGCCUCUUCCUUUUCCUUCUCUUAUUCCUUCACAUGUCAGACUCUCUUCUAGUCAUUCUGCUGCCCGACUCCCAUUCCUAAUGCAUUUUUCUCAGCAUCAUCUCACCCUUCUGAUUCUAAAUUUACUAAGGGGGUGUUUCGUUUAGGGUAAUAGAAGUGGGGAAUGGGAAUAGGAAUCAAUGAUUCCCAUUGUUAAUAUUUGGAUUAUAGGAAUAGGAAUACAAAUAAGGGAAUGAAUCCUUGAAAUUGGGUAAUAACUCAUUCUCAUG